CCCCCCACCCCGCGUGCCCCCGGGAAGGGACCCGCUCGGGAUGCAAUCUGCUGGAUGCACUGGGCGCGCGGGAAGCGGGCGCUUCUGUGGUUUCCAUGGUUACCCGCUGGCGGCCAGGACUCCAGGCGCGUUCCGCCGCGGGGGAGGUGGAGCGUGACCGCCAGGGGAGCCGCGGGCCCGACGUGGCCUCACUGCCGCCCCCCCUCCCCCACGACGCGCCUGGCCGGAGGGCAGCCCCGCCUGCUGACUCUGCUGCGCGUGCGGACAGCGACCGCCUUAUCCUCCGGUGAAGGUUGUUUACACGUGGGGCGGGUGCAGGUCUGGCCAGGUUUCCCAAGGGGCACGUGGUGUCAGGGAGCAGGUGAUCCCCGAGGAAGGGAGGUGGCCCCUCCUCUGGGUCCUCGCUGUCCACCUGGAGACGGUGCGCUUCCUCUGAUGUCAGCUCUGCCUCCGGCUGUCAACUCAGCCGCAGCAGCGCCUCGCAUCCUCUUGUUCCCGGGACGCAGGCUCGUCUUGGACACACCCCCAACCUCAAGUUUUCCGGGAAGCCAGGCCCUUUUAGCACAAUCACCCUCAAAAGAUCAGGUAUAGGAAGGUGGAUCUGCUACUCAGUGAAAGAAAGGUCUCGUGGCAGGUCUUCUGAGGCAGGCGUCAGUCUAGUUGAAUGGUACUGCUACCCACAACCUUGUGAAUUACUGGACUCAGGCGGGCACAGCCCAAGGUCUUAGAAAGGGAGUGUCUGUUUGUACAGGCAUUCUCAGGAUUUGAACAGUGACUGCCUGGCACAGAGGGCCGGGGCCAGGCGGACCCUGAUCAGAUAUGCCAGAAGGAGCACCUCUUUAGGGUCCCCUUCCUGUCUCACGGCCCUCCCAGGUGGGUGGAGGCCAGAAGAAAGCCAGGAGUGCAGAUUAGGAGUGUGCUACUCUGGCAGGGUGUGCCCCUGUCCAGAGGCCAGAGUGGGACAGGCCCUCUGCCAGUCACCAAAGGGCCUCUGAGUCCCUGUCACUGCUCUUCAGAGGAAGCAUGCUUUUGACUUUGUAGGAGAGACUGGUCAGGUCUUAGAUAUGAUCCUUCAGAGUCUGGGUAGCUGUUUCCCUGGCACAUCAGUGAGGCUGCUGUGGGACUGACAUUGAUGAGGCAUGGGGAGGGGAGUGGAGGGCCUGACUGUGUCCUGUGGGCCAUCACCCUCCUCCCUCUGUCUUGGGGUCCUCAGCCCUGCCGGUGGUGGGGGUUUAGUCACUAAGUCUUGUCCGACUCUUGCGACCCUGUGGACUGUGGACUGUAGCCUGCCAGGCUCCUCUGUCCAUGGGAUUCUCCAGGCAAGAAUACUGGAAUGGGUUGCCAUUUCCUUCUGCAGGGGAUCUUUCCGACCCAGGAAUCGAACCUGGGUCUCCUCAUCGCAGGCAGAUGCUUUACCAGCUGAGCCAUGAGGCUGAGUCGCUUGUUAACUCUGGCAUCCCAGCCAGCUCUGUGCUUUUGAAGCGGGAUACCUGGGCCGCUGCAGGAGUUCAUGGUGUUGGGGUACUGACCCGUGAAGAUGAAGAGAGACCUGUGGCUUCACCCUGAAAUGUCACUUUCACCUGCAGAUUUGGGAACGUGAUUGUCAUGUGGAUUCCCAACAGCAUGUAACACAGGGUCGAUUGCAAAGCACACAGGAGUUUUAGAGAUGAGACUAGAGUUCAGAUAGAGCUCCUGCUUCUGUCUGGUCGCUGUGCGGGAGCACCACCUUCCUCAGGUAGGGGGCCUUGGAGAGGCGUUUCCUCGGGGUCUUGAUUGUCAUCUGGAGAAGACAGGCUGGCCCUGGACACCCCCCUCACUUGGGACAAGCAUCGGAGGCCCCCAAGGGGACAUCUUCCAGCCCUUGAUGGUUAAAGGGCUCCUGGCUGGAGCCCGUUUGUCUGGGUUGAAACCUGGUCCUCCUGGAAGGUUGGCUGUUGGUAGACACAGGGGUGGAGGUGGAAAGCAGGACGUAUGGGCCUCUGUCAGGCAAGACCGGGCACAGCGGACUGUCGGGCAGAAGCAGUGUCAUGUCUUGGGCACUCAUAUCUGUGGCCCUGGGGAGCCCACUGCCUGAAUGAUGUGACGGUUGGUCCAGGACAGGUGCCACCUUUAGUAGGCCGGAGCGCGUCUGUUGCUGCAGGAGACCUUGGGGGUCACACAGGGCAGUCUCCUUCACUUCACGUGGUUUCGUCUUCCAUCGCUUGCUGUGUAGGGUUACAUGGGAACACACCAGGAGGGCUCCAGGCCUUCUCAGGGAUCAGAGGGGCAUUCCUGUCUGCACCUACACCCAAAGGGCUUCUCUCGCGGCCCACGCCGUGCGUGGUGCUGCCUGCCCUGCCCCGAGCCCUUGAGAGGUGGUCUCUCUUUGAUGCUGCUCACUUUGCAAGCUUGUGCAAUCUCAGGCCUCUUCAACUGCAUCACCAUCCAUCCUCUGAACAUCGCGGCCGGCGUGUGGAUGGUCAUGAACGCCUCUGUCCUGCUGCUGUGCGAGGCACCCUUCUGCUGCCAGUUCAUGGAGUUUGCGAACGCCGUGGCAGCCAAGGCAGACCGGCUGCGCUCCUGGCAGAAGGCCGUCUUCUACUGCGGGAUGGCGGUCGUUCCCAUUGUCAUCAGCCUGACCCUGACCACGCUGCUGGGCAACGCCAUCGCCUUCGCCACCGGAGUGCUGUAUGGACUCUCAGCGCUAGGCAAAAAGGGCGACGCGAUCUCCUACGCCAGGAUCCAGCAGCAGAGGCAGCAGGUGGACGAGGAGAAGCUCACGGACGCCCUGGAGGGGGAGCUGUGAGGGGUUGGGGCCCUCCUGCCCCCGCUCGCCUCCUGGUCUGUGUGAGCAUGUGCCGAGGAGCGUGGACCCCGAGGGGUCUGGGGAGGAGCCGGCGUCUGGUUCUCUCAGUCCCGCUCACCUGUCCCCACACCCGG